UCACUGUUGUCAGUCAGUUGUUGUUUUAAAUACCUACUUUUUACUUGUAUAUAUUUAAUUAUUGUGUUGAUUUGAUUAUUUGUGGAAUUGUUAUAGUUUCAUGCGCUCUAUUUAGCAAUAUAUAUUUAUUCAUUAAUGCUAAUAAUAUAGCAAUUAUCACACAAUGUCAGAGUCAUCCAAAUCAAAAAGUUCUUUGAAUUUGAACCCUUCCCCAACUUUACAGUGCAAAGACCUUCAUGAAUAUUUAAAAAGUAGAUCUCCACAGUUUUUGGAGACAUUAUAUAAUUAUCCAACGAUAUGUCUAGCUGUUUACCGAGAAUUGCCAGAGCUAGCUCGACACUUUGUAAUUAGGUUGCUCUUUGUUGAGCAGCCAGUACCACAAGCUGUUGUUACUUCUUGGGUCUCCCAGACAUAUGCAAAAGAACAGAGCAAAGCCUGUGAAGCACUCUCAGAGCUGUCAGUAUGGCAGGAGGCACCGAUCCCUGGAGGCAUGCCUGGCUGGAUGCUUGCACAGUCCUUCAAGAAGAAUCUCAAAGUUGCUCUGUUAGGAGGCGGCCGACCAUGGAGCAUGUCGUCGUCCCUGGAACCAGAUGGGAAAGCGCGUGACAUUGCAUUCCUCGAUGCGUACGCGCUCGAGAGGUGGGAAUGCGUGCUGCACUACAUGGUAGGCAGUGCACAGACUGAGGGGAUCAGUGCUGAUGCUGUGAGGAUACUGCUUCACGCUGGCUUAAUGACCAGAGAUGCAGAUGAUGGAUCUGCGGUAAUCACACGCGCUGGAUUCCAGUUUCUUCUGCUCAGUACAGCAAAACAGGUGUGGCUCUUCCUACAGCACUACUUACAUACGGCUGAGAAAAGAAGUUUGAGCGCUGCCGAAUGUCUCGCUUUCUUGUAUCAGCUCAGUUUUAGUACUUUAGGCAAGGAUUAUAGCACAGAAGGUAUGAGCAAUAAUAUGUUAGUGUUCCUGCAGCAUUUAAGAGAGUUUGGACUGGUAUACCAAAGGAAGCGCAAAGCGGGCCGCUUCUACCCGACGCGGCUAGCGCUGAACAUCGCGCGGGUGCGGGGCUCCGCCCCCUGUGCCGGGCUCGUGCCGCAGCCGCCGCAGCAGCAGCAGGGCUACAUCGUCGUGGAGACCAACUACCGUGUGUACGCGUACACGCAGACCAACCUGCAGGUCGCGCUGCUCGGACUCUUCACCGAGCUCAUAUAUAGGUUCCCGAACCUGGUGGUGGGCGUGCUGACGCGCGAGUCGGUCCGGGCGGCGCUGCGCGGCGGCAUCACCGCGCAACAGAUCCUGCACUACCUGAACCAGCACUCGCACCCGCAGAUGCUGAACUCGGAGACGGGCGGUAUCCGAGCGACAUCCGUGCUGCCACCUACCGUCGUGGACCAGAUACGGCUGUGGGAGACGGAGCGUAACCGGUUCACGUACACAGAGGGAGUUGUGUACAACCAUUUCCUGUCACAAGCGGACUUCGCGGUGCUGCGCGACUACGCCAAGUCGCAGGGCGUGCUCACGUGGCACAGCGAGCGCGGCCGCACCAUGGUGGUCACGCGCGCCGGCCACGACGACGUCAAGCGCUACUGGAAGAAGCACUCCAAGAGCUAGCCGCCGCGACACCCUCUUGUACCACUGAAAGCGUGAAAGAGCAAAUCUCGAUUAUUCCACACUGUUCCAUACAUCCUCGCAAACUUUCAAGUUUAUCACGGUAGUAGGAUAUGUUCUUCCGCCUUUUUCCCCAUGGAAUA